AUGCCCGCUACAGCACCGGUUAUGUCAAAGCGUAUAGGCGCUGAUAAGAAAAAUCCCACUGGUACACAAGCAAAGCGGAGACCACAAGGCGGUCAAGGUUCUGAUACUGAUUCCGGAAUUUAUCAAGUAAAAAGUCACACAAUUAUACAAAGACGUCAACCCCCACCCAAAUUUAAUCGACCUGCACGUGAUACUUACUUUGAUAAGGUGCUUAACAAUUCGGAAGACUCCUAUGAGGAGAGUGUCGAAAAUGACGGUUUCUACAUCUGUGAAGAUUGCAAAAUGGAUGAUGGUGAGCACAAUAUUCUAUUAAAUGAAAGCAAUAAAGGAUUAUUACAUUUGCCGAAGAUGCAAAAUGAACGCAGGCAAGCUCCCAGCUACUUAAUAAAGGUCAAGUUUGAUUUGAGUGUGCUAACUUCAGAAUAUGCCUUAAGAAGUAGAAGAAAUCGAUUCAGUGACGAGUUUUACGACGAAAAUGAAGAAGAUGAAAGCCUAACAGAAGACGAAACUCCAUCACCUCAGAGAAGACCCUCUGGGAGGCAACCAUCUAAACCCACCCGAAAUGCCAGUUUUCAAAGACAACGUCAACAGAAGCCACAUCCAAAACCCGAAGUGUUAGACCGAUCUCAAAACACCAAAACAAUAAAACGAGCGGGCGCAAGACUGUCUCAAAGAGAUAACAGACGAGAACCACCAAGGUCCAGAAGGGAACCUGAAUAUUCCGAUUUCGACAGCAAUGAAGAUGAACAAAACAGUGAGAUGUCCGUAGAAAUGCAACCCCGUCGACGAUCAGUUCACAAUGACGCUCCUCCAAGGCGUGCCAAACAACAGGUCGUUGAACGCAGAACUACUACCCGAUUAUCGAGACAGAAUGAUGACGAUGUUAGAAUUAGGAGGAGGCGAGUUGCAGACAAUUACUCUUCCGAAUCCUGGACAGAGGCCUCCGAACGGUCUGACAACUCCGAAGAUACUUAUGAACACAUAGAAGUUCAGCGUCGCAACUCACGUCGACAAAAUAGAAAGGUGUAUACGACAUAUUUAGAACAUCCCCACACACAUAUUGUAGAAAUAUACGAAUACGAGGACGACCAACAGGCCAGACCCCAAGGUCGGCGAGUCCGUCCAAGGAGCAAAACACAAGGUCCUUCAAACGGAUCUUUAGGUGAAUGCCAACUUUUAUUUAAAUUUAUUGUCCAGAAAUGGAAGACGAAUUUCAACUGUUGCUGA